GAGGAGGGGAAGAGGAAAGGUGUCAGGGAGGCCUCGGGAGACUCAGAAGAGCGAGGGAGCAAGAGGAAGAAGGAGGAGAAACAGAGAAGAGCGGAUGGACCAAAAUGUCAUCACUGUCAACACUGUGACAAAUCCUUCACAAGAUCUGGAACUUUAAAGAUUCAUCAGAGAGUUCACACUGGAGAGAAUCUACACAGCUGUGAUCAAUGUGGGGCAGCUUUCACACUGAAGAGUCACCUAGUAAUACAUCAACGCAGUCACACUGGAGAGAAGCCGUACAGCUGUGAUCAAUGUGGGAAAACCUUUUGUAGGAGGGAUAGCCUGGUAGUCCACCAACGUGUUCACACCGGAGAGAAACCGUACCGGUGUGAUCAAUGUGGUAAAACCUUUGCUAUGAGGGGUCACCUAGUAAUCCACCGACGUAUUCACACCAGAGAGAAACCGUACCGGUGUGGUCAAUGUGGGGAAACCUUUACUGAGAGUAGUGGCUUUAAGCGCCACCAGCGUAGACACACUGGAGAGAAGCCGUACUGCUGUGAUCUAUGUGGGAAAGCCUUUACUCAGAUUGGUCGCCUUAAAACUCACCAGCUCAUUCACACUGGAGAGAAGCCGCACAGGUGUGAACACUGUGGGAAAACAUUUUCUCAGAUUGGUCGCCUUAAAGCUCACCAGCGUGUUCACACCGGAGAGAAGCCGUACUGGUGUGAACAAUGUGGGAAAAUUUUCUCACGGAGUUGUCAGCUUAAAAGACAUCAACGCAUUCACACUGGGGAGAAGCCGUACAGCUGUGAUCUAUGUGGUAAAACAUUUUCUUGGACGAGUAGCCUAGUAGUCCACCGACGUGUUCACACCGGAGAGAAGCCGAAAUACUGUGAUCUAUGUGGGGCAGCUUUCACAGUGAAGAGUUUCCUAAUAAUACAUCAACGCAGUCACACUGGAGAGAAUCCGUACAGCUGUGAUCUAUGUGGUAAAAACUUUUUUAGGAGUGAUAACCUAGUAAUCCACCAACGUGUUCACACCGGAGAGAAGCCGUACAGCUGUGAUCUAUGUGGUAAAACCUUUUCUAGGAGGGAUAGCCUAGUAAUCCACAGACAUGUUCACACCGGAGAGAAACCGUACCGGUGCGAUCAAUGUGGUGCAGCUUUCACACUGAAGAAAACCCUAACGUUACAUCAACGCAGUCACACUGGAGAGAGGCCGUACAGCUGUGAUCUAUGUGGUAAAACCUUUAUUAGGAAGGAGAGCCUAGUAAUCCACCGACGUGUUCACACCAGAGAGAAACCGUACCGGUGUGAUCAAUGUGGGAAAACCUUUACUAAUAGUAGUGGCUUUAAACGUCACCAGCGCAGACACACUGGAGAGAAGCCGUACAGCUGUGAUCUAUGUGGUAAAACCUUUACUGAUAAUUGUGACUUUAAAAGACACCAGCUUGUUCACGCUGGAGAGAAGCCGCACAGGUGUGAACACUGUGGAGAAACAUUUUCUCAGAUUGGUGGCCUUAAAGCUCACCAGCGUCUUCACACUGGAGAGAAGCCGUAUUGGUGUGAACACUGUGGGAAAAUGUUUUCACGGAGUAGUAAUCUUACAUCUCACCAACGUGUUCACACUGGAGAGAAGCCGUACAGCUGUGAUCUAUGUGGUAAAACAUUUUCUGAGCGCGGUAAUCUUAAAAUACACCGGCGUGUUCACACCGGAGAGAAGCCGUACUCGUGUGAACACUGUGGGAAAAUGUUUUCUCAGAGAAGUAGCCUUAAAUCUCACCAACGUGUUCACACCGGAGAGAAGCCGAAAUAGUCUGAACAAAUACAUUAGCUUUAAAU